UUGUGGUUUGGGUGAUCCAGUGGGGGUGGGGGAAAGAGAACAGUGAGGGGGAAGCGCUCGAGCUCGAAUCUGCGGAAAAAGCAAUCUAGAGAGAGAGAGAGAGAGAGAGAGGAACAUGCUUGUCGCGAGCCUGAUGAAGAAGAUCUCGUAGUAAUCGCAUCUCGUACGAGGAAGAGGAAUUCCGCUGUUCUUUCUAUCGUCUUCGUGUUUGCACAGAGAGAGAGAGAGAGCAGUAUUUUCUGCGGAGGUUCGAGCUCGGGGUUUUGGGUGCAUCUAAGCAGAACCUCUCCUUUUCUGCUGGGAGAACAGGGUUCUGCUUUAAAGAUCGGAUCUGAAUUUUCCGGCAAGGGUUUGUGAUUCGGAGCAAAAUGGGGAUAAUGUUUACUCGCUUGUUCUCUUCGCUGUUUGGCAACAAGGAAGCUCGUAUCCUUGUUCUCGGUCUUGACAAUGCCGGCAAAACCACAAUCCUUUAUCGGCUUCAGAUGGGCGAGGUCGUCUCCACGAUUCCAACAAUUGGGUUUAAUGUGGAAACUGUGCAAUACAACAACAUAAAGUUUCAAGUUUGGGACUUGGGUGGACAGACAAGUAUAAGGCCUUACUGGAGGUGCUAUUUUCCUAAUACUCAAGCCAUAAUAUAUGUUGUUGACUCAAGUGACACUGAUAGGCUUGUCAUUGCUAAAGAGGAGUUUCAUGCGAUCUUGGAGGAAGAAGAAUUGAAAGGUGCUAUUGCACUCAUUUUUGCAAACAAACAGGAUAUUCCUGGUGCACUUGAUGAUGCUGCAGUGACUGAGUCCUUAGAGUUGCACAAGAUAAAAAACCGCCAAUGGGCUAUUUUUAAAACUUCUGCAAUAAAAGGAGAAGGCCUAUUUGAGGGUUUGGACUGGCUGAGCAAUACACUCAAAUCAGGAGGCAGCUAAGCGAACUGCUUUGCUAGAAGAGAGAAAGCUGGUGCUGCCCUGGGAAAAGCCAAACUGAAAGGUGUGACACUAUUUACUUGGUGCUUGUCGUCUGUGCUUGAGAUUUUAGAGAUGGAUGCAGCUACUUCAUGUUGCUGACUUUUGGAGUGAACUACUAAUAUAGAUGUUAAUUUUACUAGAGAUGCAAUGAUUGGCCCAUUUUUCCAUGCUUCAGAUUUUCUCUUUUUUUUAGUGCUUCAACUUGUCCUCUUUUUGAGACCAGAAACUCACCACAGUAAUCCAUUUGAUCUUCCUAUUAGAAACUAUCAUGUAUCAUUAUUUGUUUCUUUCCAUUCAUAGCCACUGGGCAUGUCUUCCAUUAACUAAAGUUGCUAGCCUUUUCAUUUUGGCAUAUUGACACGAAACUGUGUUUACUUGGA